GGAGAAAGGAACUCCCGCGCCAGCGCUGCUUGAAAGAGACUGAUGCGAUGCGCUCCCUCCCUCUCUAACGCAGCUGUCUACAUGUGACGCCCACUUUCGGGGUAAGAAGCGGCAGGAGGCAAGGUUUAUUCGGAAAUACAGGAGCAUGGUAGUGACCAAGGCCACCUUCCUCGGAUCGACGCUGUGCUACCUGUGUCUUGCGGUACGUGUGGAUGCUGGGUUCAUGGUGGGGUGAUGGGAUGGGUGAGCAUAUAAUAAUAAUAAGUAGCCGCCGCUGCUGCUGCUGCUGCUGCUGCUGGUCGCUGGUAAACACCAGCAAAACAGCUUCCAUUACUUUUAUUGAGCACCAACGUCUCUGGUUGGGCGGUUGAUUUUGCUCCCAUGUGUGUGUUUAUCUAGUGUUCCGAAGCUUCAGAUUUCUCAACGGGGAGCAGGGUGGUGUGGGUUGGGAGGCUGACUCAUGACAUGACCCCCGCCCCCCCGGCUUCUUGCUGCUCCGCAUACAGAGUGAGGUGAGGGGAGGAGACGAUGCUCUGGAGUUGAAUUUGGACUUCCUUUGCUCCGCGGUUGCAUCUGUGGCUAAAGAUCGAGGAGGAUCUGCUUGCUCGCGUCUGCUUUUGAUUGGUCACAUCUUGCUGCGGUCUUCGUGCUUGGUGGGGCCAGCGCUGGACGCCAGUCCUUCCAUCUUCUUGCUCUUGUGUCACGGUCUCGUACUAGGGUGCCCAAGGUGGAGGAGAGCUGUUGCCUGCUUCUCGAUCGUUGUUCUGGAGGGGAAUCUGGAAGAUCGAUUUCGGGUUGUUGAAAGAUCUAGAGCAGUUUGUUGCCGUGUCCAUCCACAUCUCGCUGCAACCAUGGGCAUCUUCCCCUGUUCCUCAAACGAUAUUUUUGUUUUGGGUUUUCUGGUUGUCUUCUUUGCGGUGGAGUUCUUGCCGCCUGAUCAUGCGAGCCUGAGAUUCUUGUCAUCAUGGGAAGCCAAGCCAAGACUGUUGUUUGGUUUAGGAGGGACUUGAGGAUUGAGGACAAUCCGGCGUUGUCUGCCGCUGCCAAGGACGGCUGCGUCCUACCGGUUUUCAUAUGGUGUCCAAGUGAAGAGGGCCAGUUUUACCCGGGUCGAGUCUCCCGGUGGUGGCUGAAGCACUCCCUCGCCCACCUCGAUCGGUCGUUGAGGUCCCUCGGCGCUCCUCUCACGUUCAUCAGAUCUGAAAGCACUCUAGCAGCCCUUUUGCAGUGCAUUGGUGCAAUUAGGGCUACUAGGUUGGUCUAUAAUCAUCUUUACGAUCCUGUUUCACUUGUCCGUGAUCAUAAAAUAAAAAGUCAGCUAGUGAGCCUUGGAAUCAGUGUGCAAAGUUUUAAUGGUGAUCUCUUAUAUGAACCGUGGGGAGUUUAUGAUGAAAGUGGACUUGCUUUUACAACCUUUGAUGCAUACUGGGGCAAAUGCAGGAGCAUGCCAAAUGAGCUGACAAUGCUUCUUCCUCCCUGGAAGUUGGUUCCUCCUACAGGUACAGAAAGUGUCGAAAGUUGUUCGAUUGAAGAGUUUGGGCUUGAAAAUGAAAUAGAAAAAUCGAGUAAUGCAUUAUUAAGCAGGGCCUGGUCCCCAGGUUGGAGCAAUGCAGACAAGGUGUUGAGUGAAUUUAUUGAUGAGCAUCUUCUAGAAUAUUCCAAUAAUAGAAUGAAGGUAGAAGGCACUACUACCUCAUUGCUGUCACCCUAUCUACAUUUUGGUGAACUCAGUGUUAGAAAAAUAUAUCAAAAUGUCAGAAUGAAGCAAAUACAGUGGGCAAAGGAUGGCAACUGUAAAGCAGAAGAAAGUGUGAACUUUUUCCUGCAAUCAAUUGGUCUCAGAGAAUACUCGCGUUAUCUUUGUUUUAACUUCCCAUUCACAUAUGAGCGAUCACUACUGGGUAAUCUAAAACACUGCCCUUGGCGUGCUGAUGAAGGCCAGUUCAAGUCUUGGAGGCAGGGGAAGACUGGGUAUCCUUUGGUGGAUGCAGGAAUGAGAGAACUUUGGGCAACUGGCUGGAUACACAAUAGAACUAGAGUGAUUGUAGCAAGUUUUUUUGUGAAGAUUUUGCUACUUCCGUGGACCUGGGGAAUGAAAUACUUCUGGGACACAUUGCUGGAUGCUGAUCUCGAAAGUGACAUCCUUGGUUGGCAGUAUGUAUCAGGAAGCUUACCCGAUGGUCAUGAGCUCAAACGUCUUGACAAUCCUGAGGUACUUGGUCAGAAGUAUGAUCCAGAUGGUGAAUAUAUAAGAAAUUGGAUUCCAGAGCUUGCGAGACUGCCAACCGAAUGGAUUCACCAUCCGUGGGAUGCUCCGAGUACAGUGCUAAAAGCAGCUGGUGUUGAGCUAGGAUUGAACUACCCAAGGCCAAUCGUAGAAAUUCUUACAGCUAGGGAGCGACUUGAUGAUGCUGUGGACAUGAUGUGGGAACUUGAUAGGGCUGCAAAAGUUGCAAAAUUAAGCAGUUCAGAUGAAGUUGUAGCUGAUAAUUUGAUUAGUUUGAAUAGUUUGGACAUCCCAAAAGUCGUUGUGAAGAAAGAGGUAUAUUGCACUAGUUCAUCUCUUGAUCAAAGAGUGCCCUCUAUUCACAAUAUGAAGGAUAUCUCAGUAAACAAGAAACCAAGGGAUCCAAGUGGAGAAAAACCCUGUGCAGUUAUCUUAAGUUCACACUCUAAUACUGUGGAGAAGUCAAAGAUGGAUGUCGAUUUACUUUCAACAGCCGAAUCAUCAUCUGCCAGGAAAAGAAGCAUCAGUGAAAGUCAUUGUGCUGUUCCAACUCAUUUUUCUUCUUCGCCAGACAUAAAUCCUGUGCAAGAGGAUGGUUCAAUGGGCCAAUGUCAUCUAAACAGGUCUAGUUCUGACUAUCCGUGGCAAGGAGCAGAUGGAAUUGGAGAAGGAAAGGAGGAAGAGGAUUUUGAUGCUCAAAGCAGCUUCAAGGGCUUCAGACCAUGCAAGAAACCUGCUUGUCUCUAACAGAUAAUACUGAGGUCGGCGAUCUGGUGUACGCUAAAAUCUUGUCCCCUUUGUCUUCUACUUGUAUUAUGUUAAUGCAGAAACGAAUAGCUUUAUUAUACACUCAUCGAAACAAUUUUGUAUGUAUCACUUCUCCUUUGGUUGAAAUAAAUGUUCAACUUUGUCAAA